AUGUCUGGCUCGAAAAUUCUACAGGUCGGCGCGCACUGGCCAGGCAUAGACCAAAUCAAGCACCUGGUGAUCUUCGGAGAUUCGUACUCCACCGUCGGUUAUGACACCAGCAUGCCCCACCCAACGCACAAGAACCCGCUGGGAGUUGUGUUCCCCGGACGCACGUACAACGAGCGCGACAAGCCGAACUGGGUGGGGCACCUCAUUCAGUCGUACCGCAAGAAGACGAAAUCGCACAAACUCGUGUACGACUACGCAAGUGGUGGAGACACGGUUGGCGGAAUGCGGAGGCAGGUCGAGAACGAGUUCGUGCGGGAUGUAGGGCAGCGGCCGGAGUGGGCGCCGUGGACGAGCGACGAUACGCUGUUUGUGAGCUGGAUUGGCAUCAACGACUGCGCCUACGGGGGCGAGUUCAAUACCCAAAUUGACACGCUCAUGCAGCUCCAAGAAACCCUCUACACUUCCGGCGCGCGCAACUUCCUGUUCAUCGACGUCCCGCCCAUGGAGCGCUCACCAGCCGCAUCCGCCGCAGUCGCCUCCAAAACCCCCGGCUUCGAUUCAGCCACAAUCCGAUGGAACACUCUCCUCGCCUGUUCAGCCUCGCAUUUCGCGCAGGCCCACCCGGGUGACACAACCGUGCUCCUCUUCUCAGCACACGACGUCCUCACGCGCGUGCUCGACGACCCGCGCGCGCACGGCUUUCGCGGCGGCAGCGCAGACACGUCGAAGGCGGGCGGGCGGAUCUGGUCCGACAGGCUGCAUGUUACGAGCGCAGUACACGGGGUCGUCACGAGGGAGCUGCAGUCGUUCUUGGACGCUGUCCAGGCGAGCGAGUCCAAGUAUGGAAGUGGAACGGCGGCGGGCAAGCGUCGUCGGACUUGGUUCGGUCUGCUGGGUGGUAUUAAGCUGCCUGCGAGGCUGAGGACGAGGUCUGCUUGAUUUGUCUGUUAUUCGGGACAACACAACGGACGUCAGUGCCAUUCUUGGCCUGGCAUGGAAGCAAAUCGCCAGAGACGCGAGGGUAGCGCAGGUCUCGCUGCCAUAAGAGGAGGGCGGGACAUGAGAGGCACGAGAAAGGGCGAACGUUUUACAUUUCAAUGGCGGGACAAGUUCGCAGACUUCGAAAUUAAUUCCGGAAACCUCAACCAGCUCAGGCUCGACCCGUUUCCCAUGAUGACAUCUGCAUUUUCUAAAUACUCGUAGGAUAAUACAAGCUCAAUAACUAUAACCGAUUUCGCCAAUUUCAGAACCAAG